GACUUGUGGCUCUUUGCUGAUGAACAGAGUCCUAGAAAAGUAUUAUCUGUCCACCAUGUACAGCCUUGAGUUCAUUUUAGGCUUCACUGGAAACACCAUUGUUGUCUUUGGUUAUAUUUUCUGCCUGAAAAAGUGGAAAAGUGGCAACAUCUACCUGUUCAAUUUAUCAUUAUCAGAUUUAUUAUUUCUGUGUACUCUUCCAAUACUCGUCAACAGCUACUCCAGAGAUCAGUGGGCAAAGGAGAGCAUCUUGUGCCACAGCAACAGAUUCCUGUUGCAUGCAAACCUGUAUAGCAGCAUCCUCUUCCUCACCGUUAUCAGCAUUGACCGGUACAUGCUCAUAAAAUAUCCUUUCAGAGAACAUAUUCUGCAGAAGAGGAAAACGGCCCUUAUUGUGUCUGUCGCCUUAUGGGUCGGGGUGAUACUGGAACUGCUGCCGCUGGUGUAUUUCCUGGAGCCUAUAACUGCUGCCAAUAAUUACAAGUGUCUUGAUUACGCAAGCUCUGGACACCCUGUGGAAAACUUCAUCUACAGCAUGUUCCUGACUGCCUUUGGGUUCCUUAUCCCUCUUGUGAUCAUGUGCUGCUUCUAUGUGAAGAUGGUUGUUUUUCUUAAAAGCAGGAGCGAGCAGCUCAGUUCCCUCCUGACUCUUGAAAAACCCCUUACGUUAGUGGUCCUCACGGUGGUCAUCUUCUCGGUGCUCUUUACUCCCUACCACAUAAUGCGCAACGUCCGGCUCGCUUCCCGGAUACCGGCCUUGAACGUCUCGCUGUGCACGCAGGGCGUCAUCAACACCGUUUACAUCAUCACGAGACCCAUUGCCUUUUUAAACAGUGCCGUUAAUCCUGUUUUUUAUUUCUUAAUGGGCGACCACUUCAGAGAGAUGCUGAUGGCAAAACUAAGGCAGCUCUUGAGCAGGUUGACAGCCCCUGGCAAGUGAACGAGUCAGGACACCUCUCACCGUGGGAGACGUGUUCACUCACGUCCAGUGCCUUUUUUUUAGAUAACUUUAUUUAUGAGAUAUAGAAUAUGCGUGAGCUGAUUGGAUUCCUCUAAAUGCACUUGUUCCCUUAUUGUACAGGAGACCUCCUCCUGCUCUGGACUCCAGCAGAGCAGGAGCGAUGUUCUCUCGCAGCAGUACGGCAGGCAGCCCUGCCCUUGUAGCAGGGUAAGUCAUGGCCUAUUGACGCUGUAAAUAAAGGAUCAUCACAGUAGUUCUCUGAGGGAAAAUUCGCUUCUCUGACAGCUGCUUUGUAACUCGAUGCUGGACUGGACCGAGGCUUGGGUAAAAUGUGCUGGGGCACUAAUUCACAUGUUCAACACGGUCCGGGGAUCCAGGCUGACUGUUUUCGUGUUUGCAAACUCCGCAUCUCCUGGGCGCUUUACCUUUCAGAAUAAGUAACUGGGACAAUUUACAUUUCCAGCUGACUUGGCGAGCGCUGGCACCUCGGAUGUGGCCAAGAAGGUGGUUAUGCAAAGGCCAGGGUGGGACGCGGCGCUGGCCUUGCAGAAGGGAGGCGGAGGCCACGCUGCUGUUCUUGCAGAAAGCUGUAACGUUUGGCUGCAUUUCUUGGGAGCACCGAGACGGUAAAGGCCUGUGUCUGUGUGUGCAGACAGGUUCUUUGAUAUUAAAGCUGGAUUCAGCCUGCCGAAGUAAAAAUAAGAAGAUCUAAUGUUUUAGUUCUUAACUGAGAUUCGCCUUCAUACAUCACUGGGACAGCUGUGCGCUUUCACACUGUCACUUCUCAAAGUAUAGAUUUACUUGC